UUACCACAUAAAUAGGGCAUCUUGUAGAAUUUCUCGAUCGCUUCCGCAUUCGUCCAGACCCCGAUAAGACAGCCGCUCUCACGAAAAUGAAACACCCCGAGUCGGUAACUGAGUUAAGACGGUUCAUGGGUCUAGUAAAUCAGCUGGGGAAAUUUUCCAAUCGUAUUGCCGAAAUCAGUCAGCCAGUAAGAGAUUUGUUACGGAGCAACGUCACUUGGAUUUGGGGACAGAGUCAACAACAAUCAUUUGACGAGAUCAAAAAAGUGACGAGAUCAAAAAAGAGCUCAACAAACCAGUGGUGCUCAAAUUGUACAACCCCACAGCGAAAACAAAAGUUUCAGCAGACGCAUCUUAUGGAUUGGGAGCCGUUUUGUUACAAGCAGACGAGGAUAGUCCUGACUCGUGGAAACCAGUGGCUUAUGCCUCUAGGUCCCUCUCAGAUACAGAGAAGAGGUAUGCACAGAUUGAAAAGGAAGCGUUAGCCUCAACAUGGGCAUGUGAAAAGUUCCGCAAUUACAUUUUGGGACGACCGUUUAUAUUGGAGUCGGAUCAUAAACCCCUAAUUCCUCUACUGAACUCGAAGCAUCUAGACGACUUACCCCCUCGUAUUCUAAGAUUUCGACUCAGGAUGGCCAAGUAUGAGUAUUUAGCUCAACACGUUUCUGGAAAGUUUCUUUAUGCAGCGGAUGCCCUCUCAAGAGCACCAAACCCAGACUGCACAGACGACACAGAUCUCGAGUUGGAAGUCGAAGCAUAUCUGAAUUCGGAUUUAUUUCCUUCCCUUCCUGCUACUCCACCAAAGUUGAUGGAGUAUGUCCAAGCACAAAUAGAUGAUCCUACCUGUGCUAAAGUCAGAGAAUAUUGUGAGACGCAAUGGCCAAGCAGAAACAGUAUCGAUAGUUCGCUCAAACCCUACUGGAAAGUCAAAGCUUCAUUGACAUUGGUCAAACAGUUACUAUUGUAUAAUAAUCGCAUCGUGGUGCCGUUAAAGCUAAGAAAAGAAACACUCGAAAAUAUACAUGAAGGACAUCAAGGAAUUGAAAGAAGUCGACUUCGAGCCCAAUGUUCUGUAUGGUGGCCUUGUGUGACGGCAGAAGUCAAACAAUAUGUCGAAAAUUGCCGAGAAUGUGCAAAGGAAUGCAAACCCAAAAGGGAACCAUUGAUUUCUACACCUCUACCAGAUUACCCGUGGCAAAUGGUAGGAACCGACUUAUUCGAGCUGAAAGGUCAGCAGUAUUUGGUAGUAGUCGACUACUAUUCUCGCUAUCCCGAGUGUAUUAAGUUGUCUCGAACUACCUCUGCUCAUAUCAUAACGGUUCUAAAAGCAAUAUUUGCUAGACACGGAAUUCCUGAAACGGUACGCAGCGACAAUGGUCCUCAAUUCUCCUCGCAUGAGUUUACACAAUUUGCUCAAACGUAUGGGUUUAAACACACAACGAGUAGUCCCCACUACCCACAGAGCAAUGGAGCGUAUGGUUCAAACCGUAAAACGCAUCCUAAAGAAAUCGGAAGAUCCUCACUUAGCAAUUUUGUCCUAUCGAGCGACACCAAUGCCGUGGUGUGGACUAUCCCCCUCUGAGUUGUCGAUGGGGAGGAAGAUAAGAACGACUGUACCGCAAACCACAGAACAUCUUAUCCCUAAGUGGCCAUAUUUACCCGGUUUCCGAAAAGCAAACACUUCCUUUAAAGGAAAGCAAAAAAAGGAGUUCGAUAGCCGACACCGGGUAAAGGAGCAAGUGGAAAUAUCUGAAGGAUCAGAUGUGUGGAUCACAACAAAUGGACAGAGAUUAGAAGGACAGGUGGCACAAUCUGUUGACACACCUAGGUCCUACGUGAUAGUGACUCCAAAUGGUGAAUUGAGACGCAAUCGCACACAACUCAAUGUAGCCCCUACAAUGGCUCCAACACAAGAGACAACGGAACAAUCCGAACAACUUGAUUCUAAUCCGAACGAACAAUCCGAACAAGUUGAUUCUAAUCCGAACGAACAAUCCGAUUUAAAUCUAAAAGUACCAAGAAGAAUUAUGACUCGUUCACAAACGGAAACUAUGGUCCGUCCCCCUGAGAGACUAACGUACACUUAAAGGGGAGAUGUGGAAUGACUGAACAGUCUAUAUUUAGAGAUCAAUGAAUAAUGAUUAUGAGUAAUGUAUAUAGCUAUUUAUAUACAUGUUCUUAUUGGCCUGUUCUGUCUUGUAUUGUCAGUUGAGUCAUAUUAUUAAUACGGACAAAG